AUGACAGAUAUAGCUAUCGACACAAUAAUCAACAGAACCUUGCAUGCACUUGAGAAUUCUGAUUAUUCUGAAUUUGAUUUGUUGUUAAAUCAAUUGUCUUUUUUAAUUAAACAGUCUGCUAACAACAAUAACAAGCCUGCUCCAGAAGAACGGAUCACCCAGAUUUUGGAUUAUACUCCUAACGAUUUCAACCAGAUUAAGACCUUGAGGCUAUAUCGUGGACUACUUAUUUUAGUUAGAAAUUUUGCGCCAGCCUUGGAUAUUGAUUUAUUUCCCAAAGUGGUUGUCAGUUUUGAGAAGUUCUUAAAGUUACAUCAGACGAAUGAAUGGACAGACAAAAUACUUGAAGCUUAUUGGCAAAUACUAACCAAUUUCCAGAGAAACGAAUUUAUAGCAAUAGUAAAUGAAUUGUUUGGUCAAUGGGAAUGUAAAUAUAAAUGGAGCAAUUCGUUGAUGGCGGUGAUGCUGCCAGUUAUUCAUUUCUUAUUCCGUCAAUUCAAUACCCAAGAUCCACAUAUAACUAAUGAAAAUUUACUCCAUUUAUUGAAAAUUUUUGAAACAAAUCAUGUUAUGAAUGCCGUUUAUGAAAUAUUUAAAAUGAUUGAUUUUACUGAUACUAAUAAUAUCGGUCAUGAUUAUAAAAUGUUUGUUCACCUUCUUUAUGAUAUUAUCACCCAUGAGAGUUUUCAAAAAUGGAUUGAACAACAAGAUGAAGAAGAAACUAUUACGAAGUGGCUUUCUUUGACCUCUAUAGUUGUGCAAACUAAAACUGAUUGGAAUAAUUAUGAAUUGAUAGCAUUAUUAUCUUGGAAUGGUUCAUUAUUCAUGAAAUAUGCUCCAUUACUCAACAGCAACAAGGGCAACACUACUACCAAUGGAGAGGAUAAUCUUAAUUAUGUCGAGGAUGAUCUCCUGACCAUUAUUUCUAUUCUUGCUGAAUUGAGUCAAUUUAAUGCUACUAAACAAUACUUUGAGCAUUAUCAGGAUUUAUUACCGCAAUUGAUAUUUGUUUUUAAGUGGAUUCACGAAAAUAUUGAACCGAUAACAAUAAAGAAUAAGCAAAUUGAAGAAUUGGGGAGAUAUUCCUCUGUGAAAACCAAUAUAAUCACCAUAUUAUCGUACCUUAGUUAUGAUUCGUUUCAAUUUCAAGAGAAAAUACGAGAAUUGGGUGGUCUACUGUUAGUGUUAUCUAACUGUAUCAUAGAUAAUAAUAAUCCCUUUAUAAAAGAACAAGCAAUUGUAUGUUUAAAAUACUUAUUACAGAAAAACCCCAAAAACCAACAAUUUGUCGCUGACUUGGAAGCCAAAAAAGUUGUUGAUGAUCAAGUGUUACUGGAAGUAGGUUACCAAGUUGAAGUUAUAGAUGGUAAAGUAGAAGUGAAAAGAAAACAAUAA